UGGCUUAAACUUCCAAGACCUCAUGGUACGCCAGGGUGCCAUUGACUCACCCCCGAAAUGUCCCUUCAUUCUUGGAUUCGAAUGUGCCGGAGAAAUUGAACAAAUCGGAGAAGGAGUAGAAAAUUUGGCGGUAGGAGAUCAAGUGGUCGCUCUACCGGAAUACAGAGCUUGGGCUGAGCUGGUCUCAGUACCCGCUAAAUAUGUCUACAAACUACCCAAAAACGUUUCUCACCUGGACGCUGUUACCAUCACUAUGAAUUACACUGUAGCCUACAUUCUACUGUUCGAAAUUUCGGGUCUGUCUAAAGGAAAGUCCAUUCUGGUGCAUUCGGUAGGAGGAGGAGUGGGUCAAGCCGUUGCUCAACUGGCCAAAACUGUACCUGACGUAACAAUCUUUGGCGUCUGCUCCAAGACCAAGCACGAAGCUCUGAAAAAUGCCAACUCACCAGUGGACCAUCUCUUGGAGAGGGGUUCCGACUAUGUGAGCGAGAUCCGGAAAGUGUCUCCAGAUGGCGUGGACAUCGUCCUCGAUUGCCUGUGCGGCGAAGAAUGCAACAAAGGCUACACGCUUCUUAAACCGAUGGGCAAGUAUGUCCUAUACGGCUCUUCGAACGUGGUGACUGGAGAGACGAAGAGCUUCUUUAGCGCUGCUCGAUCGUGGUGGCAAGUUGACAAAGUUUCCCCGUUGAAACUCUUCGACGAGAAUCGCACGCUGGCUGGAUUCAACUUGCGGCGGCUGAUGUAUCAGCAGCAUGGUGAGGAAUUCGUCGCGCAGACCAUCCAGAAGGUAUUCCAGCUUUUCCAAGAUGGGCAGAUCAAGCCAUUGUUAGAUUCUACUUGGGCUCUUGAAGACGUUGCUGAGGCAAUGCAAAAGAUGCACGACCGCAAGAAUGUAGGUAAAAUAAUUCUGGAUCCAAGCUUGGAGCCUAAACCAAAACCAGCUACUCCGGCCAAAGGAAAGAAUAAGGAGGACAAGAAGAAACAGUCUUCUGAAGAGAAGAAGGAAUCCGAGGAGAAGAAAGAAGAUGAGAAGAAGGAAGAGAAGAAAGAAGAGAAGAAAGAAGAAACUGUCACCAAUGGAGAUUCGGCGGGAGAUUCAGAUUCCAAAAAGGAGAACUCCAGUUGAAUUGACGGCUAGUUUUUCUGAAAAAAGUCUUCAAAAAGUAUAUUCGCUUACAUUUUUGUUCCAGUUUCCAAAGGCAGUUUAUAAAUUGAGUUUAUGGAUAUAGACAGAUCUCAUGGUAAUCGACCAUAUGAAUGUGAGCUGUGUUAUUUUAAAAUGUAGAAUGCUGGGCUGAAAGGGGUCCGAGCUUACCAAGACCAAUGAACUUAUAUAAUUAUUUUUUUAUCAUAUAUUGUAUUUUGUCUUAUAGUGUUUUUGUGUUAUUUGUGUUUAAGAAUGUUUACAAGAUUGUUUUAUCAAUGGUGCUCUUCUAGAAAUCCUGCUAAUAGUUUGGCAUUCGGUUCUCCGGUUGAUUUUUUUUUGUAGUAUGUACAGAGUAAACUUUAGAGUUUGUCCUUUCGCAGUUUAGAAUUUACGAAACACAUAUCCAUGUGUAUCAGACCAAAAAGUAAAUAGCAUUUUAUACGAGACGUAUUGCCAAGCUUAGUCAAAGAAAAACUAGUUUCGAAAUGUAGGGAUGAUCUUGCCAUGAUAUUUUUGCUAUACGCUAUUUUUCAGAUUGAAUGCAUAUCAAAAGUCUCGAGGUUCAUGCUGCUCUGCUGGUCUCGUUAUAUUUCACGAAAUGAUUCUCCAAUGAAGUAGGGCAAUUCACGUUAUGCUCCAAUAGAAUUAAUCAGCUUGCUGAAAUAUUGCGAUGAUGUUGACUGCUGUAUCCUCAAAUGGAAAAUCCUGAUAAACUAAAUAUGGUUCAAGCAUUUUUCUUUAAGUAGAUUAUUAUUGUAAGUUGAUUAUAUGAAACAGUUGCUUAUGAGAUUACUUUUUAAAUAUUGAUCGCCUAAAUGUAAAUUUUCUGUGAAAAAUAUUUUCUUAAGAGAUGAAAUAUUCGUGUAGCCAUAGAAUUCCAUUUUGUUUGUUGAAGGCUAUACGAAAUAUAAACUUAACCGUUAGGCUAAAUAUAUUAUUGCUAUUGAUUGCUUAAAUAUAUAUAUAAGUGUAAGACUGAUGUGUUAACGCUACUGCAGAUUAUUUGAAUGCCUGUAUGAAUAAACUGUAUGUAUAAUUGCCAUA